ACCGCUACUCGUGGUUUGAAGGGUUGAUGGAACAUCGUGCUAGCGGUUACAACGCUGCGUCUGUUUAUGUAGGAAAUGAAAGUGUCAUGUUUCAGAUUAUACGAUGUUACAUUCGUGGAUGUAGCGUGUGUGUUUCUUGUGUCACAAUGUUGUUUUAUGUGUCUCUGUUGCAGUGAAGCCAGUCGGUACCUUGUAGAAGUCCUCGAGUCUGUCAAUCCCUCUGAGUUAGAAGAUGUUAUCGAGAAGGUCCUGGACGCUGUGGAAAAGCAGCCCCUGUCCUCCAGCAUGGUUGACCUGUCUGUAGUGGAGGUCGCAGUUCAGGAUUGUACUCAGUCCUGCGAUGAAACUAUAGAUAAUGUUUUCAACAUCAUCGGCGCAUUCGACGUUCCAAGAUACAUUUACAGCGUGGAGCGGAAGAAAUUUGUCCCACUAAGCAUGACGAACAACCCUGCGCCGAGUCUGUGCGGAAGGUCCAGGGAUAAGGCGGAACUGUUCCGGGAGCGCUACACAAUCCUGCAGCAGCGUACACAUCGCCAUGAGCUCUUCACUCCGCCUGCCAUUGGAACCGUUGUGGAAGAGGGUCAGAACAAAUUCCAGCUCAAGACAAUUGAAGCACUGCUUGGCAGCACCGCUAAACUGGGCGAGGUCAUCGUGCUGGGCAUGAUCACACAACUGAAAGAGGGCAAAUUCUACCUGGAGGACCUGAGUGGCACCGUGCAGUUGGACAUGUCCAAGGCACAGUUCCAUAACGGACUGUACACGGAAUCCUGCUUCGUCCUGGCAGAGGGAUGGUACGAGGACUCUGUCUUUCACGUCAAUGGGUUUGGUUUCCCACCAACAGAGCCUUCUUCAGCCACCAGAGCGUAUUACGGGAACUUGAACUUCUUCGGAGGCCCGUCCACCACCUCUGUGAAGGCCUCGGCCAAGCUCCAGCAGCUGGAGGAGGAGAACGAGGACGCCAUGUUCGUCUUUGUGUCGGACGUUUGGCUGGACAGCGUGGAAGUGAUGGAGAAGAUUAACCUCAUGUUCUCAGGCUACGCUGCCAUGCCGCCCACCUGUUUUAUUUUCUGUGGAAACUUCUCUUCCGUGCCGUAUGGGAAGAGACAAAUCAAGUCGCUGAAAGAGUCAUUAAAGGCUCUUGCUGAUCUCAUCUGUUCCCACCCAAACAUCCACAGCAGUAGUCGCUUUGUCUUUGUUCCCGGCCCGGAAGAUCCCGGUCCAGGCACCAUUUUGCCGAGGCCUCCGCUGGCAGAACACAUCACCGAGGAGUUCCGACAGAGAGUGCCCUUUUCUGUCUUCACCACCAACCCAUGCCGAAUCCAGUACUGCAGCCAGGAAAUCGUCAUCAUGAGAGAAGACCUGGUCAACAAGAUGUGCAGGAACUGCGUCCGGUUGCCAAACAAUAAUCUGGACAUUCCAAACCAUUUUGUCAAGACCAUCCUAUCGCAGGGUCACUUGACCCCUCUCCCCCUGUAUGUGAGUCCUGUGUACUGGGCGUAUGACUACUCCCUGCGCGUGUACCCCGUCCCAGAUGUCAUCGUCUUCGCAGACAAAUACGACCCCUUCAACAUCAGCGCUUCCGACUGCCUCUGCAUCAACCCGGGCUCAUUCCCAAGAAGCGGCUUCAAAUUUAAGGUGUACUACCCAUCCAACAGAUCGGUGGAGGACAGCAAACUGCAAGGACUUUGAAUUUAAAAUGGAGUAAUUAUUUUUAGGCAGUUAUGUGUAAAUGUUUUUUUUUUUUUUAAAUGUACUGUAGAACUUUGAACCAAUGUCAUGGCAUAAAUAAAGAUUUUAUUAUUUG